AUGGCAGUCGUUGAGAACACCUGCGUGAGAAAGAGAGAUCGGAGUAAUGAGAACUUCAAGAAGAAAUGGAGCACACUCAAGAAUAACGGCCUCAUUAUCCACCAGGUUUAUAACGCCGAAGUAUAUGUUUGCAUACGCCGUAAAGGCGAAAAGUAUGAAUUUAAGUCUACUAAUAAAGCGUUACCGCUAUCUGACGAGGAAAAAGUCGGUGUUACUGAUAUAAUAUACUUACUGUAG